CAAGCAAUGCUGUAGAAAAACUAGCUUCUAUAUAAUUUCUAGUCUCCUUAUAAAUGAUAAUUACUUAAAAUGCUUAUUAUGUUGCUUUAUUAUGAUAUUAAAUAUAGAUGUUAAUUCAUUAUUAUUUAAGGGUCUUUGUUUAUUAAAAAUAAAGUUCGUAAUGGGUGUUAAGUUGCUCUAUCCAAAAUCCAAAGUGUAAAUAGUGCGAAUAAUGAUGUCUGACAGAAAAAUUUUAAUUAUGAUAUUAUACACAAGUUUGUAAAUGUUAUAGAAGUAAAAGUUAUAUAUAUUUUUAUAUAUUAUCUGAAAAAAAUGCGAUUUCACCGGAGGUGCGGGGAAAGAGUUACUCUCUUCAACAAUAAUUCCACAGCCAUACGGAAUUUUGUUGAAUUUAAUCAUGGUCUAAUUCUAAGCGCCGACCCUCUUACAGAUGAUGUUUUAUUUGAAAUAUGCAUAGACAGAAAGGUAAAUGUAUGGAAUGGGUCUCUUGAAAUUGGUGUUACGACAUUGGAUCCUGAAUAUAUGGAGCUUCCAGCGACAGCAACUAAACUACGUAAUACAGCAUGGAUAAUGUCAGGUAGUGCAAUAAUUAAAGAUGGUGUUACUCUAGUCAACUCUUAUGGGCCCGAGUUAGACUCGCUACGGGAAGGGGAUACCUUAGGCGUUAUGAGAACUACUAAGGAUGAAUUAAUGUUUUACGUCAAUGGACGGUGUCUUGGCAUUGCAGCAAAAGACAUGCCACCAAGAAUAUUUGCUGUGAUAGAUUUAUAUGGCCAGUGUGUGCAAGUUUCCAUAACACAUUGUAAUGCAAUGAGACCAAUUAUGGAGAGUAGUUUAGAUCAGAUUGAUGAGGAUCCAAACAAUGAUGAUACUUUAACAUCAAGUGAAAUUGAAGCUGGACUUUCCACUGAUCCAUAUCCUAAGGGAACUCGAGAUGUCUUUAUUCCUAUGACGUCUGAAGCAGCAUGUGCGCUCGUUGCUCAAGAUCGUUUACGUUUUCAUCCAAGAUGCGGUAUUCUAGUCAAACUGUCUGGUAACAAUAAGUCGGCAGAGCGAGCGCGCCCUCUCGACGAUUACAAUAAUGGCGUGGUCAUGACGCAUCGACCUCUUUAUGAUAAUGAACUCUUCGAAAUACGUAUCGAUACAUUGGUUGAUAAAUGGAGUGGUAGUAUAGAGGUCGGUGUAACGACGCACAAUCCAGCUACAAUAAGAUUUCCAUCGACAAUGACCAACAUGGAUUCGGGGACAAUCAUGAUGUCUGGUUGCAAGGUGUUAUUGAAUGGUCACGGUACUUGUAUGGAGUAUGGAAAUUUCAACCUUGAUGAACUUCGAGAAGGCGAUACGGUGGGGAUGAUGAGAAAAAGUAAUGGGAAAUUGCAUUAUUUUAUUAAUGGCGUAGAUCAGGGUGUUGCUGCUGAUAAAGUAGAGCAGCCAGUCUGGGGUGUUGUCGACUUGUACGGCAUGACUGUCAGGGUCACGAUUGUAGAUCCAUGUGAAGACAUGGACAGCAAUAUUAAUGACUUACCGAUCCUGACAAACAGUCCGGACCCUCCAGCGUCUAAUAGAUUUAGACCUGCAAUAGACGAAGAGAGCCUUUUAUUUCAUUCGCUGCGUGAUUCGAAUGUUAUUAUUAUUAACCAUGGUAAGACUGCUCAUAGGCCUAACGCUUUCGAAUACUUCAAUAACGGGAUAGUAAUGACUAAUCGCACAUUAAGGACCAACGAACUUUUCCAAGUGCGGCUUGAUCUCGUUAUUCCGAAGUGGGCUGGAAGCAUAGAAAUUGGGGUCACGCAGAAUUCUUCAAAUGAUAUAAAAUUACCAUACAAAAUGAGCAAUGCGAAAUCCGGCACUUGGGCAAUGACCGGAGAAGAUGUCAUACGGGAUGGAACCAUAAUCAUUCCACAAUACGUCAGAAAUUUAAAUAGAUUGGUGGAAGGGGAUACAGUGGGGGUGAUGCGAAGAGACAUGGGUAUUUUACAUUUUUAUGUAAACGGCAUAGAUCAGGGUCCAGCUGCUUUUAAUAUACCUGAACAUGUUUUUGGUAUUAUUGAUCUGUAUGGUCGAGUAGCACAAGCGACAAUUGUAACCAGUUAUUUACCUCCACCAGCGCUGUCACCUGAAUCACCUUUAUCUACCGAAUCCAACGCUACUAUAUAUCCUGAAAUGUGUUUCCACCGCGUCCACGGGCAUAAUGCUCGUCUGAGUCGUAGCCGUUUAACUGCAUCGCGAGCGACUGUCUACUCGGAGUUCAACGAUGCCGUGCUCUUCAGCUCUAGACCACUUCGCGAGUGCGAUAUGUUCGAACUGCGUAUAGACAAGAUGGUGGAUUGCUGGAUCGGGAGUCUUGAGAUUGGUGUUACGGCGAUUAGACCAGAUGAUUUGGAAACAAACGGCGGCGUAGGUCUGAUAGCCGGUACCGCAACAGAUCUGAGCUGGGAUACUUACAUAUUGAGCGGGGCAGCCAUGAUGAAAGAUGGGGAGUGCGUUCGUAGUGGCUAUCCCCUCGAUCUCGACACUCUCACAGUUGGUAGCCGAGUUGGUAUGAUGUGGCAUGCAGACCGAAGUUUACACUACUACCUCGAUGGUAUGGAUAUGGGCAAGGCAUGGUAUGUGCCACAUCUUAAUAUCUACGCUGUGGUUGAUCUCUACGGACAGUGUACUCAGGUCACAAUACUGCAAAACGAAGAGAGGGCUUUUAAUUAUAACGGAUGCAUUAAUUCAGAUAAUUCUUUGUUGAAUAAUGCAAGGGUUUUGCCGUCACCACCUCCUCCAUAUUGGAGCUUCUCUGAAUACUCUGGCGACAAUAUAUGCCUAUUGCAUGAUUAUUCUAUCGCACGGCGGCGCACUCCUGAACCAUUUGAAACGUUGGUUUUUAGUUCCGCUCACCUAGCGCUUGGUGAAAUAUUUGAGAUUAAAAUAGUGGAGUGUAAGUACGGUUACGCGGGCAGUUUUCGUAUGGGUGUGACCGACGUCAACAUACUAAACGCUCACGUGAACCGCUGCUUGCCGCCGUCUAUCUGCUAUUUGCCACAUUAUACGGCUUAUAUUGAAGGAAAAUAUAUGAAGAUUUCACGAAGUGGUACCCGUGAACAAGAUAUCCAUUCUUUCGCGCCUUCUUUUGAGUGGUUACGUUCCGGAGAUCGUAUCGGUUUUAAAAAGACUAACGAUUCCCGAGUUCUCAUUUAUUACAAUUCAGAAUUACUCGAUAUGGAAUUCGAAAAAGUUCCUGAUAAAGUGUAUGUGGUUAUGGAUAUAUUUGGACAAGUGACUAAAAUCCAAGCCGUAUCCAGAGCGGUCAAUCCGGCAACUGCACUUCCUACAACGAUCCCGAACGAUGAAUGUCAGAAAGUGACACCAAUUACAAUUUGUAUGAAUGCUAGUGCCACAACAGCGGAUUCUCCAUCAGCCGUUAAUGCUGAAGUAACAGCUGAAAUAGAAACAGUUGCUAUAGAAGUAUCCAGUAAUGAUAUAAACACCAAUGCUAAUCCUGAAACUACUGCGGCGGCUACUGAACCUGAGACCACAGUAGAAACAGAGGGCAACACAGUAUCCACGGCAAACCUCGUCACUACAGAGUCAAGACGACGCUGCCGUCCCUUGCCAUACACAUUUCAUUAUAUUCAUGGACAGAAUAUUAAGUUAUGUAGUUCAGACACAGUUGCAAUGCGAACUACUGGAUACAAAAAUGGUAUUGCCAUUGUUAGUCAACCACUGAGAAGAGGACGUAAUUUUAGGUUUCGCGUAGAUAAAGUGGAUGAAGAGUGGGCCGGCAGUGUUUCUCUAGGUGCAGUAGGUAUCUUGCCUACCGAACCGCUUCCACCUUGUGCGAUACAUAUGGAUCCACCCAUAUGGGUGGUAUCCAGUGACCUUAUCCUGGACAACGGCACAUUUAAGAAUAGUGAAAUGGCAGCUGCGUUUGAAGAACUUGGCGAACAAUCGGUUUUGUCUAUACAUUUCCGGUUUAACAGCGAGUUGGUGGUCGACAUCGACGGUACCAUCAUCGGUGUGAUCGGUUCUGUGCCAAGAAGGCAUGCUCAUGUAUUUCCUCUAAUAGAUCUUUAUGGUCGUGUUAAUCAGAUUUCGGUAUUACUCCAUCCAUAUGUGGUUGUUAGCGGUGCAUCACUCGAUCUUCCAAUUAUAACAGAAAACCUUGGAGAGGAAUCCUUGGAGGAAAUAGAAGUAGAUGAGGAUAUUAAUAUACAAGAGAAUCUGGUGGACACUGAGCCAGAAGAAUUGCAGCCGAAAUAUAAAAUAAAAUCGUAUAGCCAAAAUAACCUUAUUGAUGAGGAAUAUGACCCAAUUAUAAUCCAAGCUGGUCCGAGCAGGAAUCCUCACUACAUCCAACCGAAUACUCCUGUAUAUGAAGUAGACGCCUAUGAAGAGUUUAUACCCAGUCACUGUGAUGCAAGGGCAAGUAUACCCAAUCGUUUGCCUUUGCAUCACAGUGUGAUAUCAGAUAACAAUACCGUACCUACCAAUAGUAAUCAACCGGUGAAUCGUCCAAUCAAAAAAAGUCAUUCAACUCAAGGUUUUAUUCGUAUUGCUGACGAAAGUAUUCUAGCCAAGGAAGUAAAGGACGCAGUGUGCGUAACUCUCAGUGUUUGCUCUGGAUAUGAAGAUGAAAGCGAGGAAUUAGUCGUUGACGAAUGGUUUUGUGAUACAAAUAGACGACACAAUGAUCGGUACCCUGAGGCAAAUGAUGUGGAUAAUCUAGACAAUGAGAUUAUGGAUGCGUUAACCCUUGAGACCGGUAACUUGCCGGAUUUAACUGAAGAGCAGUCGUCUUCUAUAGACGAAUCAACGCGACGUGACGACUUUUGGUCAGAGCCAUUAUCAGUAGAAAAUUUAAAUUACCUCAACCGUAUAUUGUGUUUGGAUCAAGAAGCUGGUGAUGGUAAUAGCUUAGAAGCAGAAUGGGAGGCGUUUGGUGAAGGCUGUGAACAUUUACACCUGGUUUUAAAAUUCUGGCACUUUUUGGUGUUACCAUAUCCGGAGUUACGACAGGCGGUGUCUUGGGGCCAGGUGCGAUGUUACUGUUCAAAUUGCCAGCCCAAUGCCCAACCUCCUUUAGCUGGGUGGGUGCGUAUCGAGCGCAUCGAUGGUGUGGGUGCCGCUCAGCGCGCCUUCUGGCACAUUGUCCGCUCGACUUUGGGCUCCGCUCAAGUUACUAACGAGUGUGGAGUAGCGAGACGACCGCGCUCGCUAGUACCGGCACCGUGCAUCUCGCCACCACUCGCCGACAUAUGGUUCGACGAGGAGGGAAAACCACAUCAUACCGUGUUGGCGAUAGAAAUAGAUGUUGAAGGUUCGGAUGCGGAAAACGAUCGAUUGUUGGCAUUUUUAAUAUAUUUGAAAUCGCACGUUGUAUUCAUGGAUGAUAACCCGCCGAGUUUAGAAGACUAAACAUUACAUGCAGAUUUGUCGUAAAAAAGAUGAAUGAAAUGUUAAAUGUCAUAAACCUGAUCAGAAUUAUUUUUAAUAUGAUAAACUAUUCACGAUUUAUAAACCUAAUAUUUCUGCAAUGUUUAAUAUACAAAUAAAUAGGUGUUCUAUUUUAUCUCAUAUCAAUAUUAUAUAGUAUCAAUGUGUACGGUAAUAAUUUUGUAAGUGUGUACAUCUGAUCAGGUUUGUAUAUUUUUAUUUUAUCUAUGUAAAAGGGCACAAAAUGGUUGUCUUAUAAGUAUUAAAAAAUAGUUUUUAAUGGACGUCUAUGAGGUAUUAGUCAAGCCUGUACUGGAUGGUACUUCUAUAUUAUUAUAUAAUUAUAUCCAACCAUAUGCUGAAUAGAGUUUUUAAUUGUUUCGAGCACUUUAUUUUUAUGGUCUUCGAUUUUUUUUGGCUAGGAAUAGCUAUAAUAUAUUUAUUUUAAAUUGAAAUAUAAUACGGCUGUCAUUGGGUUUUGUGUCUGGAGUAAUAUAUAUUGUCGUCUAGCUUAUAUUCAUAUAUUUUACAUGUGUAGAUAUAAACAAUCUGAAGAUAACACUCAUUAUAUUAGAUAUGUUAUAUUUAAGGCAUUCGAUUAUACAUCUACCGAGGGACAUUUAUAAACUAUGGAUGUAAAUCCGCAUGUGUGUUCUCUUUUUGGUCAUAGUAAUACUCUUUUAUAAGUGUCAUAUUGACACCUGGUGUGGCACAGACGGUAAGCGGAUGAUAAGUGUGAAUGGAUUACUGGUCACAUGCAACAACAAUUAUAUAUGUUACAUGUAUUGUCCGUUAAUUGUGUACCUAGUUACACAUGUCUUACCAAUGUGAACUUGCUUUUCAUCAAUUUAUUAUAUAUAAAAUAACCAAAUCUUUAUUAGGUAUGUUUUAUAUUUUAUGUCGUUUACGACUCAGUCAAGCACUGUUUUUCCAACAACUUCCGUAAUAUUCAAUAUGUAUAUACAAUAUAAUAUACAAUACAUAACAUUCUGUUAUCGAGAUUAAUUUAGUUUUGCAAAUUUAUUUUAAAUAUCUUUUUAGAUAUGAAUUAAAUUAUUCAUACAUUAUAAUAAUAUUGUCUUAAUAAAUAUACACAGAUACUGUAUACUGAUAUUCUAAGGUCUGUCCGGUAGUGUAUCAUGUUUCCUAUAUAAGUGUGUCAAUACUCAAGGCGCGGUUAGGUAUUUGCGGUCAGUCUACAUAUAUAUUUAAGUGGUUAUGCAAUAGGAUUAUCGUAUACGUGAGCUAAAAAUCUCCAAACAAUAUUAAAAAAUGUAAACAUGAUAAAUGUUAUUUUCGACGCAUCAAGUAGUCCUAGAUCCAAGCAUACCGUACCGUAGAGGAGAUUUUUAAGUACUUCAUAUGAGGCUAAAUGUUUUAAGGUUGGCAACUCUGUCUAGAUCUAACGAUAUUUUAAAAUCAUUGUAUUAAUCGAAUAUGGUUUGACGAUAGAAUUAUAAAUUAGGUUGGUUGGCUAUUGUUAUUUUUUAACCUAUGUAUACUUUUAAACCAAUUAUUCUUGUGACUCUCAUAAUGAGAUUAUGACGUCCCAGUCCCGUUAAUAUGCUUUUCCUGUGAUAUUAGAAAAAGGUAUGCUCUAUGAGAAUGAUUGAAAUUUGAGGCGAGAUUUUCGAGUCCAACUGAUUCAAGAUAUAACCCUAUUCAGCGUGAGCGUUUAUUGCUAAAGUCUUUGCAACCAUGCGAGUAGGACGGAACAGUGGCAGAUUACUAUCGCGAUUUUCAUCGCUCUAAUUUAGACAGUCAUGUAAGUGUGUGUUACUUCCCAUAAAAUUAUGUAUACCGCGUGUGGUGUCUUGGUGUUUUCUUGUCUCACUCGUCACGUAACGAAACUGUUGAACGUUGGAUAUAGAAAUCUUAAACUUAGGUAAAAAAGUAAGCCAGAGAAAUUCCAAUGCGUAGGACCAAAACGCAUAAUCCUUUUGAAAUUCUAAGACUUGAAUAUACUUUUUUCUUAAUGAAAUCGAAGAUAUUUCAGAUGAAAUGGUUUUUAUUGAAAAUAUAAGAUAAAUGUAUCUUACAGUGAAAAAAUUCAGUAUCUUGUAUUCAAAUACACAAUUCUAUCCAAAUAUUAAAAGUAUAACUUAAAAGUCAUAUAAACAUAUUUCUGUUUAGAUUACAUUUAAAAAAAAUGUCUUACUUAAAAUUAAAUUUACUAUGUUUAGAAAUGUUUUUAGUGAUAUUACUCAACCUAAGUACGAUUAUUUAAGUUAUCACUUAAUACCUGUGUAUUAUAUAUAGGCGAGAUUUUUAUAAAUGUGAAUUUAAUUUACUUUCAAUGUAUAUCAUUGUCAUAAUUAGAAUAUUUACAUAAACCCUUGUUUAUAACCCUAAUCCUAACCCCUGUUUGUGUCUUUUUAUGAAUGCAAAUUUUCCCAAUCGCUUUAGGAUUGUCGUAUAGGUUCAAAAGAAAUUAAAUUGAUAGAAGAUUAAAAAAUAAUCUUUAGAAUGCAGAUGGCUGAGUAAUUGUGUACAGUUACAUUUGCUCCGUUUCAUAUAGGGGAUCUCAGAUUUGGUGUGGCGUGUACUGUAUAAAUGUUGUAGGCAUCUAUGUAUGAUUUUAUUAUUUUAAUUGCGACUGAUUACCUCAAAUACGUUGAUAUUAUUUUUAGUAGCCAAUAUGCAUAUAUUCAGAAUAUCUAUAGUCAGUUUCACAUCAUGUAUUUUUUUGUGACAAUUAAAGGAAUACGAAUAAUAAAGAUUGUUGUUUUAUAUUAUCUACGCUUAU